GGCGUCAGUUUCAAAGGCUGAAAGCGCGCUGUUUGUAGGGAGCGCUACGAGAUGGUUGUGUCAGCAUUAUAUAUUUUAGACAACAAAGGGAAAGUUCUUAUCCAUCGAAAUUAUCGUGGAGAUGUUGAAACUAGUGCCAUUGAAAAGUUUAUGCCUAUCGCAAUGGAAAAAGAGGAGGAAGGUAGUCUCAUUCCAGUCCUACAGUUGGGUGAAAUAACAUUCACAUACGUCAAAUAUAACUACCUAUAUUUGGUAUGCUUAACGCGUAAAAAUGCCAACAUUGCAAUGGUCCUGGCGUUUCUGUACAAACUUGUCAAUAUAUUUCUUGAAUAUUUCGGAGAGUUUGAAGAGGAAAGUAUUCGUGACAACUUUGUUAUUACCUACGAAUUGCUAGAUGAAAUCAUGGAUUUCGGAUACCCGCAGACAACUGACACGAAAAUCCUUCAAGAGUAUAUUACUCAAGAAAGCCACAAACUGGAAAUCGCACCACGUCCACCAGUCGCUGUAACUAAUGCCGUAUCUUGGCGUUCAGAAAAUGUUAAAUAUAGAAAAAACGAAGUGUUCUUAGAUGUUGUAGAAUCUGUGAACUUGUUGGUGAGCUCUAGUGGUAACGUUUUACGAAGUGAAAUAGUUGGGAGUAUAAAACUUCGCGUUUAUCUCUCUGGAAUGCCUGAACUCCGCCUGGGAGUAAAUGACAAGGUUAGGUUUGAAAACAUCGGGCGCGAUAAGGGUAAAGCUGUCGAACUAGAAGAUGUAAAAUUCCACCAAUGUGUCAGAUUGUCAAGAUUUGAAAAUGAUAGGACAAUUUCAUUCAUUCCUCCUGAUGGUGAAUUUGAGCUGAUGUCAUAUCGACUAAAUACUCAUGUUAAACCUCUCAUAUGGGUAGAAGCAAUUAUCGAGAAGCACGCUCAUAGUCGUAUGGAGUAUAUGGUUAAGGCUAAAGCACAAUUUAAGCGUCGAAGUACAGCGAAUCAAGUUGAAAUUCAUAUCCCAGUGCCAUCAGAUGUUGAUUCGCCUAGAUUUAAAACAACAAUGGGCAGUGCUAAAUAUGUCCCAGAGACAAAUGUUGUUAUCUGGACAAUACGUAGUUUCCCGGGCGGGAAAGAAUACAUCCUGAGAGCUAGUUUUGGUCUACCGUCUGUUGAAGGCAGUCAAGAUGUUGAAUCAAGACCACCGAUAACAGUGAAAUUUGAAAUACCAUAUUUUACUGUUUCUGGUUUACAGGUGCAUCAUUUAAAAAUUAUUGAAAAAUCUGGUUACCAUGCCUUGCCAUGGGUUCGGUAUAUUACACAGAACGGGGAUUAUCAAUUACGUACACUAUAAGGAAGGAUACAAAACGAGAUGCUUGUCCAUACACACAUACUUUUUUCUUUUUUUAACUGUUGGUGAUGAUUUUAUAGUUUAUUCUUUGACUACUGAAUUUUUGUGAGUAAUGAUUAUGCUAAUCAAGUUUUAUAUUAUUAUUAUUUGAUCUCCUAUGCAUUAUUCAUAUAUAUAUAUAUAUAUAUAUA